CUUUUGCCAGCCUUCACCUGCCAUCUAUAGAUCAUUUUUUUGGGGGCCAUUGCCAUUGGUCAUAGUUUUUAGGGAUUGAUUCCCCUAAAUGGAAAAGGCAUGUCCAUCAAACUAAUAACUUCCAGUCAGAUUUUUGAUAUAUUUACCCUAUAAUUUAACUUAAAAAAUUGAAAUUUUACUGAACAGGAAAGUCUGUACUACUUCUUAAAUUUGAAAUUAACAGUAGUAGGAUAUCAUAUUGUUAACCAAAUAGCAUUGGGUGUGCUGAUCUAUUUAUUAACUUAUUCAUUUUUCUGAAUUAUCCAAGUGCCCUCACUACAAUACUUGGGUUUCUUUUAGAGAAUAUUAAAUUUUUUCUGACAACUGUCUUUAAUGUGUAACAUGUAUUUCUUUUUUUAAAUGGAAGUGAAUUAAUCUCCAGGUGCACUCAAAUUGCAUGCAGCAGCAACCAUUAUUCUAGAACAAGCCUUUUACAAGGCAAACAGCCUUUUAUGAAAUUUUCUUUCUUUCUUUAAGUUAUGUUAUGAAUGUAAUCAAUUUUAAUCAAGGCAUAUUUCAAAGAGAAAUUGCUUGCGCCACCUUCCAUGGAUUUAAUUUUUAGUUGGAUGUAGCAAAAUCACUGGAUUUUGGUGGUUAAGAGCCUUUUCUCGAGGAAAUAUGUAGGUUAUGGCACUGAACUUAUACCAUGGUUCAAUUCAGCAUUCUAGCGGAAGAAGGCGAACUUGUCUGAGUCAUAAAGGAGCUAUGGCAUGGGACCACGGAGUUUGAACUACAUGCAGUUUCCGGAUCCAAAGAAGAUGCAGAUUAAUUUGACUGGAUUUCUUAACGGAAAGAAUGCUCGACUUUUUAUGCAAGAACUUUGGGAUCUACUUCUGUCAGCUCAAGAUUCUGUAACCGGCAUUCCAAGUCAGUUCCUUGAACAGAAAAAAGAAGAAAUUAAAAAACGCAUGGAAGAACAAGAAAAGUUGCAUGAAACACUUGCCAAGAAAUUGGAAAAGGAAAAGGAGGAAAAGAAAGACAGGAAAAGAGAGCGCAGCCGUAGCCGAAGUCGAGAGAAGAAGAGGAGCAGAUCUCGUGAACGUCACCGAGAGAAAGAAAAGGAGAAAGAUAAGGACAAGGAUAAAGACAAGGAUAAGAAGGAAAAAGAACGUCGUAAAGACAAGGACAAGGACAAAGAUAAAUCUAAAGAGGGUGACACUAAGGAUGUGGAAAAUGACAAGACUAAGGAGAAUGACCAGGAUGAAAAGAAAGAGUCAGCCACUCCAUCUACCACAGAGACAUCCACAGAAACAGCUCAAAGCAAUGGUGAUGCGGAUCAGAGUAAAUCAUCAAAAGAUGAUGCAGAGCAGACUACAGGCAAUGGAGAUGCCACUGCAACAACUAGUGCCACUAACACCACCACCACCACCACUGCCGCCACCACCACCCGCCCAGGAAGAUGGGAUAGUACUGAAGUUGUCAUAAAAAAAGAGCCAAAGGAUGAUGAAGAGGAACAAUCCAAGGACAAAAGAUCCCGCUCUCGAAGUUCAUCUGCAUCCUCUCGUUCAUCACGCAAAGACAAAGAGACUUCUUCUAAGAAAGAACGACGUUCAUCACGGUCUACUAGCUACAGCUCUGAUGAUUCCCGUAAAGGAAAGCAUUCAGGGAAAGAUGCAGACUUUGAAAUCCGGAAAAAGGAGGAUAGUGUACAAAAGAAAAGGCAUUACCGCUCAAACAAUAGAGACUCUUCAGGUUCUGAUUCAGAUAGGGGCCGUUCGUCUCGUAAAGAACAUCGAGGCAGAUCUGGUUCUCCUCAAAGAUCCCGACGCAGGGAUGACGAUAGAGAUAGGGAUAGGGACAGGGAAAGGGAUCGGCGGGACCGAGACCGAGACCGUGAGAGGGAACGGGAACGUGAAAGAGAGAGAGACCGCCGGCGUCGUUCCAUGGAGCGGGAGAGGGAACGGGAAAGGGAGCGAGAAAGGGCAAGAAGAGAGCGAGAGCGGGAGAGGGACAGAGAAAGGGACCGCGAUCGAGAAAGGGAGAGAAUGAGACUGUCUGGCAGGAGAAGGAGUCCAGGAAGGAGGAGUCCCAGACGUAGUAGUCCAUACAGAUCAGGCUCUCGGAGAAGUCCUCGGCGAGACAGCCCUCGCCGUUCACCACGGCGCAGCCCAAGACGUAGCAGUCCCAGGCGUAGCCCGCGUAGAACGGAUAGCCCUCGCCACAGAAGUGCAUCAAAGCACUCUCCAUCACCUCGAAGAAGCAUAUCCGAUUCUAGGCAAGCAGCAUCACGCCCACAAGAUAGCAAGAAAAGAAAGCAAUCUGUAUCACCUAGCCCUAACAAUGCAGAUAAGAAACCACCUGUGGAGGAUUCUCGCAGUCAGUCAAGAACACCAUCUCCAAACAAAAGAGAUAAAGAAAACAAAGAAGCCAAAAAUAAACGGAGAUCAAAGUCCUCUGAUUCAGGUGACGAAAGUCCUGCUGUAAAUACAUCGCCAACCAAAAAAUCUCAAGAGCGGACAAGUUCACGAUCAAAAUCACCUGACCAACCAAAAACUACUAGGCGUUCAAGGUCUAAGUCGCACUCCCGCUCUCGCUCAAGAGAUUCCUCUCAUUCUAGAUCAGGAUCAGAUUCUAGGGCACAAACAAAGAAAUCUGAUACUGCUCCUGUCAAGGCUGAUUCUGCAAUUGAGCAGAAAGAUGAAAAGAAAGAAAAAGGCUUAACCUCUGCAUCUGAAACUACUCCCAGUAGCAAGCCAGGUCGGAAGAAAAGUGAAUCUCGAUCUCCUUCACCUAAACGAAAGAAAUUGGACAGUUCUAAGGAAGAGAUUCAUUCAUCUGACUCUGAAAAUUCUCAAGAUGAAAAGAAGGAUAAAAAGAAAGUCAAAGAAUCAAGUCCAGAUGUUACUGAAAAGUCCAAGAAGAAAAGGAAAAAGAAGAAGAAGGUUGGCUCAAGCAGUGAAUCGGAAGAGAGUGAUGCAGAAGCAAGUGGUAAAAAGAAGAAGAAGGAAAAGAAACAUAAAAAGCACAAGAAACACAAAAAGACUAAAAAGGCUAAAAAGCAAAAAUCUGAUGCUAGUGAUGAGUCCGCUGAGAGUGAGAAUGAAAGGGGGGAGUCAUUGGAAAGGCGGUUAAGAGAGCGUGCACUUAAAUCAAUGAAAAGAGAGGAAAACAGUGAAACUGCAAAUGAUACCUAAGGAAAAAAUUCAAUACCUAUCUUGCAUGGCAAUACUUUUCUGCCAUUUUGAGUGUGGAAUUUAUAUUACAUUAUUGUAAACCUUCUUGGUUUAGAUGUAUCUCUUCCAUAAUUCACACUGACUGUAAUUUUUAAAAUUAAUCAUACCCACCAUUAUGAUAUAGAUAGACCACUGUUCAUUAUUUUUUGGGUGUGUAUUUCAAGGGGUGACAUUCAGUGUUGUACCUCCAUGUGUUUUAUGGAGUGACUGUGAGCUCUGUGCAUUGCACUCAUGCUUGCUUUUAUGUAAGUGUGAUUAUGUGAAGUGUAGAUCAAUUUGCUAUUAUUGCCCAUUAACUUAGCAUGUUUGUACCAAGAGGUGUGAAAUGACUAAAGGGAAUAUCAAUAACUUCAUUGAGUUAUUUUCUCAUACAUUUCAUUAAAUUGUUUCAGUUGUUGUGUAGCACUCAAUAAUUUAUGUGGUUGUUUUUGCAACAGGAAAGGUGUUAAAAUUGUUUUUAUGUUUCUCAACAAACUUUUCCCCAUAUGUCAUUACUUGAAUUACAUACGACCUAGAAGGGUCACAAAAACUGUGAUUUUUGGCAAAAAGUCUUUCUUUGAAAGGGGAUCAAAGGCAUUUUUGACAAAUUUGUUUGAAGUGUGUUGUGUAUUAAUGCCAUUUUUUCAUGCGGACAAUUUGUUUCUGACAUUAUUUGAUGCUCUUUGUAGGUGUUAAAUAAGUGUACCUUUGUAGUCAGAUAAGAAUAUAAUGUAAAAAUAGGUGUCAAGAACAAUUGUGUUUAAUUGUUUCUUUACAUGCAAUAUUUGAAGUAUGAAAUUCCAUAAACUGUUCCAAUCAAAGUGAACCAUAUUGUAUGGUUUUCCAUGUAAGAAAUUAAAUCUAGGCGGAUUUGUCAUCAUAACUCCCCUCCACUCAAAUCAGCGCCAGAACUAAAAUUAAGGACUACUCUUGUAUGCGCUGGCUACCAUAACAAGAAUGUUAAAUAAAUCCUGGAAGCACUA